ACAGGAUAUGAGGCUACAGUAUCCCACCGAACACCUGCGCUUCACGUUUUCUGCUUGACCUCCCCUCUAAAGAGAUCUGUCACUGUCCCACAUCUCGGCCUAUCUGCCCUGCCGCAGUGCACCGGAUCAUAUCAGCAUGACAGGAAACCUGCCAGCCGCCGAUGCCUGUCAUGGUUAUGGCUUUGAAUCAUCUGAGCCUGCUGCGACCCCUGCUGUGUCAGUCCCUGGUGCGACAGGCCAGGUGUCCCCUCGUAGCCACCUCCAGGAUCGGUGCAGCGCCGCUGUUCCCCAGCACCACCUGCUCCCCCGCUGCAUGCACCAGACUCUACGCCACCAAAAAGGCAAAAGCUAAGGCGAAGGGCCAGUCAGCUAAGGUGAAUAUUAACUCCACUCUGGUGGAAGACAUCAUCAGUCUGGAUGAAGUGAAGGAAGACAUGACAGCUGUUCUCAAGGCGCUCAAAGAUGACUUCACGCGCAACCUCAGCAUACGGACGUCUCCAGGAGCUCUGGAUCACAUUGUGGUGACGACUCAAGAUGGAAAGUUCCCUCUCAACCAGCUGGGUCAGAUCUCCAUGAAGUCACCUCAGCUCAUUAUGGUCAACAUGAGCAGCUUCCCUGAGGCUACAGCCGCUGCCACCCGUGCCCUGAAAGAGAGUAGCAUGAACCUAAACCCAGAGGUGGACGGGACAAUCAUCAAGGUGCCCGUUCCCAAAGUGACACGGGAACACAGAGAGAACCUGGCCAAGCUAGCCAAACAGUUCAGCAACAAGGCCAAAGACUCGCUGAGGAAAGUGCGAUCUAACGCUGUCGCACAGACCAAGAGGGCGAAGGAGGGAAACUCAGAGGACAUGAUACGACUCGUGGAAAAGCAGAUUCAGCAGAUGGCGGACAACAUUGCCAUGGACAUCGACAAACAGUUUGAAGCCAAGACUAAGGAGCUGUUAGGCUGAAAGUGACGGUAAAGAGAAAUGCACCGGUCGGAUUUUUGAUAUUGAAUCAUUCGGUUAUAGCUGAACCUACAGAUGGACAUUAAGUACGCAGCAGCAGCAUGUAACUAUGUCACCUCCCUCUCUGCUCUUCCUGUCUUCAAACAAAGUCUGAGCGAGGGACGAAUGGACUUUUAAUGGGAUUUGCGGGCCUCCUCCUAAUCAAACCCUCUGCCACAAGGGCUGUCUGUUUAUAUAAAACAAGCGCACCCGUCUGAAAGUAAACUGGCUGCGGGUUCGUCUUGGUGGCAAGAGCGGGGGAGAGAGAAACGGAGAGAGAGUAGAGAAGAUAUCAUUAGCGUGUUGCCAAACAUUUGUUUCACAUUGAUUCAAAGCUGGUUAAAAAAUUCACUUGAGGAAAAAAAAAAAAGGUUCAACGAUUGAUAAUAUGGCCACUCACUUUUAAACACAAUAAAGUGAAGGGCAUUAAGAUUAUUGAUGGACUCCAUUAAAGAAACACUGCUUUGUA